UUUCUCCGAUCUGAUAUCUGCUGAAACUGAUUCAUUUACAUCACUCUUGUCUUUCUUUGCUUUUUUUUUUUGGGCGAGUUCCUGGUUUUUUGGAACUACUGUUUGAUGGGUUCAUCUGGGCCUAUUCAAGUUUUUCAUGGGUUUUUUGAAUUGUAAUGUUAGAGGCUACUCUCGCGAAGCUCUGCGCAAAAUUUUGCAGCGUGUACCCUCAGGUCAAUUGUUAGACUAAGUGAAGCAGAUACAUUUCGUUUUUGCGGAUUUUAUCUAUGUUUGGAGGACUUGCGACGGUUCCUACCAAUAGUCCUCACUUGAGAAAGUCUGGUAGCAGACCCGUUUUCUCUGAUCUGGGAACUACUGAUGUAGAAAAUGGUGCUGAUGAAAAUUUCCUGCAUUCAGCAGAGACAGAUAGUUUGAAGGGUUCAAAUACACCAAUUAGUACUGGUGCAAUGAUGCCAUCACCCACUUUCUUGUGGAGAACCAAGGUGGGAUUCUUUUUUAUCUGGGGUUUCAUUUGUUGCAAGAUUGGAUGGGAUUCUGUGAUGAGAAUGAGCGUGGAUUUGAGAGAUUUAUUUCUAUACGAGGCAUUUUUAUAUUACAAUCCACUUCUUCUUGUGACUAUGGCUGUUUGGUUUUGGGGAAGUAAUUUAUGGGUUUUCUCCCAAUCCACUGUCAGUUAUGCAAAGAUUUUUGAUCUUGAUCAAAAUCAUUUGACGCAUAGAGAAAUAUGGAAGUGUGCCACAUGGAUGACAAUUGUUGUUCCCACUAGUAUGACGGCAUAUCUUUAUCUUUACUCGCAUGGGGAAGUAUCAUUGGCUGCAUCACAACCAGUGCUCUUAUACACUGCUAUUGCGUUGCUGUUGGUAUUUCCCUUUGAUAUUUUUUAUUUAUCAACCCGCUUCUAUUUGUUGAGGACUCUUUACCGUAUAGUUCUCCCUCUACAGGCAAUCACAUUUUCUGAUUUUUUUGUGGCCGAUAUUUUGACUUCCAUGUCUAAGGUAUUGUCGGAUUUGGAGAGAUCAGUUUGUCGUAUGGUCCAUCGACAGGUUGCUACCAUUGCAUGGUUUGAAGCUGACUCUGUUUGCGGUAGUCACUCUGUUGCAAUUCCAAUAGUUCUUGUUUUGCCUUACCUUUUUCGUCUCUUCCAAUGCCUACGACAAUACAAGGAUACUGGAGAGAAAACAACCCUUCUUAAUGCUCUAAAAUAUUCGACUGCCGUACCAGUUAUUUUUCUCUCAGCCCUAAAAUAUCACGUUUUACAUGAAAAGUGGUUAAGUUUUUAUCGGCCUCUCUGGCUUCUCUCAAGUGUUCUGAACUCUCUGUACUCAUUCUACUGGGAUGUGACCCGAGAUUGGGACAUGAGUGGUUUCACCCGGAUUUUCAAGUUCAGCAGACCAAGUCUCUUGUCAAACAUAUUAUUUGGACGAAAAUGGGUUUAUUUUUGGGUGCUAGCAAGCAAUCUGAUACUGCGUUGCACAUGGACAUACAAGCUGUCUGCCCAUCUCCGGCACAACUACCUUACAUUGUUCACCAUCACAGCCUUGGAGAUUUUCCGCCGAUUCCAAUGGGUUUUCUUCCGCGUAGAGAAUGAGUGGAACAAGAUGAACUCCAAGUCAAAUAAUCUGCUCUCCAUGAGCGAAUUACCAACUGAGGAAGACAAUCUGCUGGCCUCUAAUAAUCACAAUGUAUAGGCUGUUGGGCAAAUUAUCUUUUUGAUGGUAACAAGGACAUCUAAAGUUCAUGUUAAAUUUUGACCAAAACAGUUCCACCAAUUCCUUUUUUCCCGAUUGGAUUUUUAUACAAGCAAUUGAAAACAUUCCUUUGUUUAUACAUAGAAAAGGGUUAUCCACGAUUACGUUAUUUACCUUAUAAUGCACAUUGUAUUGCUUCAUUUUGUGAACA